AUGUUACCAACACAAGCACCAAACAGAUUCCCGACACAAGCAACAAUCAUGUUACCGACACAAACAUCAAACAGGUUACCGACACAAGCAACAAUAGUUACCGACACAAACAUCAAACAGGCUACCGACCCAAGCAUCAAACAGGCUACCGACACAAGCAUCAAUCAUGUUACCAACACAAGCACCAAACAGAUUCCCGACACAAGCAACAAUCAUGUUACCGACACAAGCAUCAAACAAGUUACCGACACAAGCAACAAUCAUGUUACCAACCCAAGCAUCAAACAAGUUACCGACACAAACAUCAAACAGGCUACCGACACAAGCAACAAUCAUGUUACCAACACAACCAAAAAACAUGUUACAGACACAAAUAUCAAACAGGUAACCGACACAAGCAACAGUCAGGUUACCGACACAAACACCAAACAGGCUACCGACACAAGCAACAAUCAUGUUACCGACACAAGCAACAAUCAUGUUACCGACAGAAGCACCAAACAGGUUACCGACACAAACAUCAAACAAGUUACCAACACAAACAUCAAACAGGCUACCGACACAAGCAACACUCAUGUUACCAACAGAAGUACCAAACAGGUUACCGACACUAACACCAAACACGUUACCGACACAAACAUCAAACAGGCUACCGACCCAAGCAUCAAACAGGCUACCGACACAAGCAUCAAUCAUGUUACCGACACAAACACCAAACAGGUUACCGACACAAGCAUCAAACAGGCUACCGACACAAGCAUCAAUCAUGUUACCAACACAAACACCAAACAGAUUACCGACACAAGCAACAAUCAUGUUACCAACAGAAGCACCAAACAGGUUACCGACACAAACAUCAAACAAGUUACCGACACAAACACCAAACAAGUUACCGACACAAACAUCAAACAGGCUACCGACCCAAGCAUCAAACAGGCUACCGACACAAGCAUCAAUCAUGUUACCAACACAAGCACCAAACAGAUUACCGACGCAAGCAACAAUCAUGUUACCAACACAAGCACCAAACAGGUUACCGACACAAACAGCAAACAAGUUCCCGACACAAACAUCAAACAGGCUACCGACCCAAGCAUCAAACAGGCUACCGACACAAGCAUCAAUCAUGUUACCAACACAAGCACCAAACAGAUUACCGACACAAGAAACAAUCAUGUUACCAACACAAGCAACAAUCAUGUUACCGACACAAACAUCAAACAGGUUACCGACACAAACAGCAAACAGUUUACCGACACAAGCAACAAUCAUGUUACCGACAGAAGCACCAAACAGGUUACCGACACAAACAUCAAACAGGCUACCGACCCAAGCAUCAAACAGGCUACCGACACAAGCAUCAAUCAUGUUACCGACACAAACACCAAACAGGCUCCCGCCACAAGCAACAAUCAUGUUACCGACACAAGCACCAAACAGGUUACCGACACAAGCAACAAUCAUGUUACCGACACAAACACCAAACAGGAUACCGACACAAGAAACAAUCAUGUUACCGACACAAACACCAAACAGGUUACCGACACAAACACCAAACAGGUUACCGACACAAGCAACAAUCAUGUUACCGACACAAACACCAAACAGGCUACCGACACAAGCAACAAUCAUGUUACCAACACAAGCAACAAACAGGUUACCGACACAAACACCAAACAGGUUACCGACACAAGCAACAAUAAUGUUACCGACACCAGCAACAAUCAUGUAACCGACACAAACACCAAACAGGUUACCGACACAAGCAACAAUCAUGUUACCACCACAAGCAGCAAACAAGUUACCGACACAAGCAACAAUCAUGUUACCAACACAAGCAUUAAACAAGUUACCGACACAAGCAACAAUCAUGUUACCGACACAAACACCCAACAAGUUGCCGACACAAGCAACAAUCAUGUUACCGACACAAACACUAAACAGGUUACCGACACAAACACCAAACAGGAUACCGACACAAUCAACAAUCAUGUUACCGACACAAGCAACAAACAGGUUACCGACACAAACAUCAAACAGGUUACCGACACAAGCAACAAUAGUUACCGACACAAACAUCAAACAGGCUACCGACACAAGCAACAAUCAUGUUACCGACACAAACACAAAACAGGUUCCCGACACAAACACUAA